GACUGAUGAUGUCAUCAUCCCAUCCCAGGUCAUCACAUCCUCUCGACACCUAUAAAGACCCGGCCAGUCUCACCCUCGGUCUAGCACAUUCGCUCUCAUCCCCGUCUAUCCCCUCUGAAAACGAUAGCCCACCAUGGUCCUGUCCAAGCACCUCAACGCCGAGUCGCUCAUCAAAGCGGCGCGAGACCAUCCAAGCCGGAAGCAUGUCCAGAGCUCGAAUGGACACCAGAUUGUGCACCCGUAUGGUGCUCGCUACGGCACGGAGCCCAUUCCCAAGUACAAGCUUCCGCGCAAGGGCACGGAUGCCGAGGCCACCUACCAGCUCGUUCACGACGAGCUUACUCUUGAUGGUACCCCCGCCCUGAACCUCGCGUCGUUCGUCCAUACCUGGAUGCCGAAGCAGGCAGACCAGCUCAUGAUGGAGAACAUCUCCAAGAACCUCAUUGACCAGGACGAAUAUCCGAUGACGCAGGUUAUCCAUACGCGCUGUGUGUCCAUCCUCGCCGACCUAUGGCACGCCCCCAGCGCCCACAGUGCCAUCGGAACCGCCACGACUGGCUCUUCCGAGGCCAUCCAGCUGGGUGGUCUCGCCAUGAAGCGCUUGUGGCAGGAGAAGCGGAAGGCUGCGGGCAAGUCCAUCCACGAGCCCGGCCCAAACAUCGUCAUGGGUGCCAACGCGCAGGUCGCCCUCGAGAAGUUCGCUCGCUAUUUCGACGUUGAGGCGCGUCUUGUGCCAAUCUCCGAAGAGAGCCACUAUCGGCUUGACCCCAAGAAAGCCAUGCAGUACGUCGACGAGAACACGAUCGGCGUGUAUGUCAUCCUUGGCAGCACGUACACUGGUCACUACGAGCCAGUUGAGGAGAUGGCUGCACUGCUUGACGAGUACGAGAAGAAGACAGGUAUCUCCGUACCCAUCCACGUCGACGGCGCCUCUGGUGGCUUCAUCGCGCCAUUCGCAACCCCGAACCUGAAGUGGGACUUCCGCAUCCCGCGUGUUGUCUCCAUCAACACAUCCGGGCACAAGUUCGGCCUUUCGUAUGUCGGCGUAGGCUGGGUCGUCUGGCGCUCAAAGGAGCUCUUGCCCAAGGACCUCAUCUUCGAGCUGCACUACCUCGGCUCGGUCGAGUACUCCUUCUCACUCAACUUCUCUCGGCCUGCACACCCAAUCAUCGCACAGUAUUUCAACUUUGUGCACCUGGGCUACGAGGGGUACAAGGCGGUCGCGCUCGACGAUCUGGUGAACGCCCGUCUGCUCAGCCGUGCGCUGGAAAAGACCGGCUUGUUCGUUGUCCUUAGCGACAUUCACAGGCCGAAGGAGAGUCUCCUCAGCUCUGCGUCGCAGAGUGUCGGGACGUUCGACGAGGAGAACGUCGAGAACUACCGCCCUGGUCUGCCCGUGGUCUCGUUCCGCUUCUCGGACGCGUUCAAGGCGCAGAACCCCGACGUGCAGCAGGUCUGGGUGCAGACGCUGCUCCGCGCGAAGGGCUGGAUCGUCCCGAACUACGAGCUCGCGCCGGACCUGGAGGACGUGCAGAUCCUCCGUGUGGUCGUGCGCGAAAGCGUCAGCGCGGUGAUGAUCGAUCGGCUCCUGGCCGACAUCAUCGAGGUUACGGAGAACCUGGCGAAGACGGACUCGCCCAUGCAUGCGCUGAACACCCUCCAGCAGCGCAAGACCGUUGAGGGGCACCAUGGCAAGCUCGAGGAGGGCUCGGGCAGCAAGUCGAGUGGCACGUACGCGAAGCAGUGCUGAGCGCACGUACGUUGUCGGUUGUCGAUAUAAAAGAUCACCUGUCGAGGCAGGACCGCGCGCUGAAGGAACGGGAGGCCGUUGACGUUGGCGGGCUGCUCACCUGGGUACAAUGUACGUUAUGAAGGAGUAAAGAUCCCAUGUUGUAUCACUGCCAUAUUGAAUGGACUUCGGAAGCGACAUGGCAUUUGAGCGCCGCUACAUAACUGUACGGAAGGCCACUAAUGCCGCAGAGACUCUGAUAAGUACUUCCCCUCGAGCUACUAAUAGUACCUUAGGGAAGUUCUGCUACCAUCUACC